CCAAUAUUAGCGUCCCCUUUCCGUGCUGCUUCCGGAUAUGAAACAAUAUCAGUAACAAAGCACAUGGAAAAGUAAGACACUUUUUAAAAAUGUAUUCUGUAGUAAACGCGUUUUACGAACACGAUGCACGGUUGCCAUGACAACGGAGGAGCAGUGCCGGAAAAUUGCUUUUUGUCCGACUGACGAGGAAGUCGCGAAGUGGCUUGACAGCGCUUUUGACAUGGCAAAAGAUGCCCUGGACAAUGGAGAAGUUCCAGUGGGAUGUUUGAUGGUCCACAAAAACGAAGUGGUUGGGAGUGGACGGAAUGAAGUCAACGAGACCAAAAAUGCCACACGGCAUGCAGAAAUGGUGGCCCUGGACCAGCUCCUGGAGUGGUGUCGCCGUGGCAACCAGGAAGUGAGGCGCGUGUGCGAGCAGACUGUUUUGUACGUCACGGUGGAGCCGUGCAUCAUGUGCGCUGCCGCACUCCGCCUGAUGAAUGUUCCGGUGGUGGCGUACGGCUGCCGUAACGAGCGCUUCGGCGGCUGUGGCUCCGUCCUGGACGUCGCCUCGGCGGAGCUACCUCGCACAGGAACCUCUUUCAAGUGCGUCUCAGGCCACAGAGCAGAGGAAGCUGUGGAGAUGCUGAAGAUGUUCUACAAGCAGGAGAACCCCAACGCCCCCAGGCCCAAAACCAGGAAGGAGUGAGACAGAUUUUUCCCAAAAUUAUGUUUGUAUUUGUCUUUUUCUUUUGUAAUAAAAUAUCGACCCUAGUGAGCGGAAAAUGGAUCAGUCGCAUGUUUGAAAUAGGGACACUUUGAGUGAGCUGCCAGCAGGGGGAGCACCCGAUUAUUUAAAUCUUUAAUUUGUUUGAAAUGUAACCGUGUGCAGCUUCCAAGGGUUACAUUUGCUCUCAGUAAGCUUCCAUUUACAUGUUUUGAGUUUGAGCUUCGAUAUUUUCACGUGUUCCCAUUCCAUUGAAUAUUACUUGAACGCACAUUCCAAAAAAGCUAAAUUGUGAUGGGACGCACUUUGGCUUAUUAGCAUGCAAAUAUAUGCUGAGUAUUUGAGCGUUUGGAUGUGUCACCUCAAGGAGGAGAUGUGUUAAGAAGAGAGCACGUGCACAAACACGUCACAUUUAAAAACAAGCACAGUAUAAUACAAGAUGUCACUCUUUGUAAAGGUGAGACAACAGCACCCAGGAAAAUAAAGAUAUUUCUUUUAUAUUAUUA